AUGCCGCCAUGCCGGAUGUGCUUGCAGCAUGGGGUGGACGGCGUGGCGGUCCCUGGCUCGGACUUCUGCGCCGCGCACAGCGCCGCCAGGCCGGAGACGAGCGUCGGCUUCGACAGGGUUGGCCACACCGGCGACGCCGACGGGACGGGCCUCACCCAGGCCGCCGGCGAGCUGCAUUUGGUUGGCGCCCCCGCGCCGCCUGGCCUUGCUCCGCCAGCAGCCGAUGGAGCGCCGGGCGUGGCGCCAGCGGCCGCAGGCGCCCCGGCGGUUGCAGGUCCACCGCAGCAGCCCCUGCCCGCAGCUGCCCUUGCAGAUCGGCACCUCGCGCUCUCGGGCCAGCUGUUUCAGAACUGGCUCGAGCAGGAGGUCCUUGCACACUUCGACUUGGCGCAGGCUGCUUCGACCAGUGCGCCAGACACGGCUGGUGUUACCGUGGAGUACCCCACGUGUUGGUCAGCGUUACACGGCGUCUUGACCAAGUUGGGCUAUGCGUCGGACUCCUCUGACCCCUGGAAGGCGCUCGGCUUCGCGCUGUACGAGGGCCCAGCGCCCUCGGCGCAAUCGCUCGCGGCUCGGGAGCGGACGGCGGUGCAGCUUUGUGCAGUCGGACAGAAGGAUGGCUGGACGCCGCAGGACAAGGACAGGGCAGCGAUGGCUGCACGGCACUUCCAGGCGGCUGCAGCCGCUUGCGCCGCGGAGCUGCCGGAGGUGAUCAAGCAACGACGCCGCUUACGGGUUGGCACGCUCCCGCUCUGGAAGGAGCUGGGGCACGAUGCACUCGAUUUACUCCGGCCUGCCAGCGGAGGCCCAGACGUAUGGUUCUUGACGCAGUGGUCUUCUAUUCUUACGCGGGCUCAGCCGAGCCCCUGGGACAUGGAGGCCACGCGCAAGUUGGCCACGCUCCUGGAGAAAGGCGAUGAGCAAGUCUGGGAGCUCCUGGGGAACCAGCACAUUGUGGCCUGGUUUCCGGAGGAUGGGAAUGCCGCAACUCGUUGCCGAGCAGCGCUCCUCCGCCGCGUGCCCACGGGAGCUCAACCAGCCUCGCUGCGAUUCGUGGUGCCGCUUCCGCUCUUCCCAGGCGCUCACGACGUCCCGGCCAUCCUGGACAAUUGGUGGUGCCCUUUGUUAGGCGAAAGAUGGGCACCUCUAGUGCGCAAGGUGGAGUUCACCGACGUGCCACUGGAAAUGGUUCUUCCUGGUCCGACGUCCCCGAGGCACGCCAAGAUGGGCCUCGCGCUAUUCACCAUCGCUUUCGCGGGUCCCCGGGUCCCCCCAGCGAUGCUCAGUUGCAGGCCGCCGUUGCUCCAGAUCGAGGGCGUUGUUCCCAUGACCUUCGACAUGCGCACUGAGGACGUCGUGAGCUUCGCGACGCUGAUGCGCCACCCGCUGAUGCAAGGAGCUAUCUGGCGCAACCCUCGGCGCAGCCUUGCACACACGCUGGAAGUCCCCCGGGUCUGCAUCGAUGUGCUCUUCCCCCGGGAGUACGUGGAGUUGGACCAGGGUUUGCUCUUGCAGCAGCUGCGUCCGCGCCUUCCGUCAUCCACCUAUUUCGGCCCCCAGUCGCUGUGCACCGCUUCCGACGCCAUGAUCCUCGAGAUCAACAGCACGAUGGGGCUGCCGCACGUUUGGCCGCUUUGCUCACAGCUACUGGUCCUCAGCCCGGGCCGCGCGUUGGUCCUUUCCGGGGCCAGUGGGGAGACGUGGAUCACCGUGCUGGACCAGCUCCUCGCGCAGGACCCUGGGGCCGCAGCUACUUGCUUGCGGUGGAAGCCUUCGCGGGGCGGCCGCCCAGUGGCCACGCCCUCUGCGACGACAGCGGCUUUGGCCGCCACGCGCAAAAAGGCCAACGGGAAGCCGGCGGCGCUAGACCCCCUCACCGAGGUCAUCGUUCGAGGGGAAGUUGGGCAGGAAGAUGGCGAGGUCAUGCGGCUGCUCAUGUCCCACGUCGCGACGUCCACAGGCAUCGCCCUGACGGAAAGGACAGCGACGAAGCCCUUGAAGCACGGCGAGUUUGAGCACGUGCCAGUUGAACAGCACGGUGGUACUGGCGGGCGUGUCAGGGUCCUCCUCAAGGACGCCCAGGAGGUGGAGAAGCUCAGAGCUGCGCUGCAUGGACAGCACAUUGCCGUCGGCCACACCAGGGUCGGGAUCGAGGUCAUCAACGAGCGCUUUGACCUGGACACGGGGGCGGGAAACGGGGUUCGGAGGGCGCGGUGCUGCCGAGCUGCGUCGAGUCUGCCGCACUCCGCGCUGAUGUUCCUGUGGAUUGCUACCGGCAUGGUCGACUUCGCCGAGCCCUGGGCCCUCUUCGCGGCAUGCGACCACAGGAGGGGCCAGAAGAUGCUCUACGUCCAGCAGCUCAUGAGGAAGCUGGACGUCCUAUUGGUGACGGAGGAUUGGGGCGUGCAGAAGCUUGGUCACCUGAAGGCGGCUUUACGGCAGGCGGGGCUCAACUUGGAAGGGGAGUGGGCGGGCGUCCCGGAGGCGACGACAUUGGAGGACCGCCUCGGCGUCGCCCUCUGCUUCAUCCGGGCGUUCGAGCGCGGCUUCGCGACCGAUGUCUCUUCGUGCCUCCUCCGCUACCCCAAGAUCCGGGAUCUGGUUGACAAUCCCUAUGCGUUCGAGGGCAACGUUUCGGUCAAGCUCCAGCGGCUGAGGGAUCACGCCAUGGAGUUGGCGCGCGACCACGCGCUGGAUGAGUUGGGCAAGUCCCAUGCCGACCUCACUGGUACCGACGUUUUUACAGCAGCCAAAGCGCGUGCCAAGAAUAACAGGCUCAUCUUUCGACUCCGGCCAGGACGUGUCUCGGCGGUGGACUGCAUCCUCGACGAGCACGGCGAGGCAAGGACGACGCCGGAGGAGAUGGCAGCGACUCUGCGCACGCAUUGGGGGAUAGUAUUUCAGCGCCGUGGGGUCGACGAUGACAUGCUGGCUGAGUGGCUCGACCAGGAUUCCGACCACCGCCCGCUGGAUCAGCUCGGGCCGUUCCCUCCCCGCAGUUUCCGCCUGAAGAAAAAGCACAUCCGAGAGGCCAUCCGCAGAUCGUCCUGCUCCUCUCCAGGGCCGGACGGACUUUCUUUCUUGGCCUGGAGGCGCAUUGAGUCGCUGGCCGUGGAGGUCCUGCAUGAGGUCUUCGGCGACAUCUGCAGCGAGGACGGUUUGCAACGGCUCCACGCAUUCGCGGAGGACUUCAACCACAGUCUGUUAUUCUUCAUCCCGAAGGGCCCGCCCGAGAGAUUGGGAUCGGCUGAAAUGGGCCACGCGGUGGACAAGGUCAGGCCCCUGAACGUGACCAAUACAGACAACAGACUCUUGGCCAACGCAGUGCGCAUGGUAGUGGAGGACGCGGUGGAGCGGAAGGUCUGCGCCAAGCUCUUUCCGGGCCCUCGUGCAUGGACGAUCCCAGAUCUCAUGCCGCAGCUCCGCCGCAUGGGAUUUCCGUGCGAGUUGAUGGAUAUACGCUGUGCGACGAUUGCGGCGCAAGCUCGUGUAUGCCACCUCGAGGCGUUGCCGCAGGGCGGGCUGCAGGUGCACGCGAGAGCCCGCCGACUCCGCCAGCUUCUCCAGAGCGAUGGGCGUCAAUUCUACUCUGAGGCUGUCGAGGCGUGGCUGGCGAGCAACACAUUAUUUGUCAUGGAAGCUUCGGCAGACCGCAUCGACGGGGAGGAGUUUCGACGUGGCCUACGGCUCACGCACGAGCUCCCGACUGAGGACGGGCUCUCCCUCAAGGCAGGGUGGCAAGCCAGCCGAUGCCAAUUUUUGCCGGCAGCGCGUCCGCCGACCAAGGUAGAGGCAUUUCUUCGGAGGCGGCUUGACCAUUGGAGCAUUGGCCUUGCGCCGGGCCGCCGGGUGCCGCGCUUCUCCGCGUACAUUGCCCUUCUCGGUCAGAGUGCCCCGCCAUGCGUCAUGGCAGCGGCCUUGCGCACAGCUUGCAAUGGCUGGCUCACAACGGCGCGUUUUCAGCAACGGUCUCAUUGUGCGUUCGGCUGCGGGGGCGGCUUCGAUUGCAUUCGGCAUUACGCACACUGUGGCCUGUACCAUCGCUGGUGCGAGGAGGCGCGUGCCCUCGAGCCACCGCCUGCGCAGGCGCGCCUGGCAAGUUUCCUCGGUUUGCACGCGCCGAUGGGGCUGGAGGCCACGCCCGUGCCGCGUACAAGCGACCAGAUGCGCUUGUUGAGAGCUGUUUGUAUCUAUGCCCUUUACCGGGCACACCUCGCCGUGCGGCACAAAGCCGUAUUUCAGUUCGACGCAGGGCAUCUUUUCAAGGCCGCCGUGCGCGAGGCUUGCGCCCGAGAGCCUCUCAACGGGCUGCUCGCCAGGUCUCGGCGCAGGCGGCCAGGCGCCUAG